AAAAAGAAGAAUCUCCUCUUGAAAAUAUAGAGUCUAGCAAUAUAGAACAACAAUUUGAUAAUCAAAUCCUUAUGACUUUACAAAUUGAAAAGUUUCAAAAAAUAUUUGCCCAACAUACUAUUAAAGAAAGUGAUGAUGAGCGAGAAACUGAUGAGAAA